AUGUUUGUGCAUUUCCGAUUCCUUCAAGCACGCGCCAGGAGACGAAAAGACCACGAGUCUGAAGAGCUAACCUUAGAAAGCGCAAACUUGACUCCAGGACAAAUCGCGACUGCUCAAAAGGCACUGAAAAUUCUGGGCUUGAACACGCGACUUGAGGAGCUCACCAAGCAGGACCUCGUCGUCUUCCUGUAUGCCAUGGGUCUGAAUCCCACGGACGACAUAAUUGACAGCAAACUCCGCACGUUCAAGCUGCACCACAAGAAAACGUUUACUUUUGGCCAGCUUGCGCACGUAUGGCACUCGAUGUUGCAGGACCUCACCGACGAGGACGAGAUCCUCAAACGUGCCUUCCAGUUCUUCGACAAGGACGGCAACGGGGAAAUCAGUGUGCAGGAGCUUCGCACAACCAUGCACGAGCUGGGGGACCUCCUAACGGAAGAGGAGAUCACGGCCUUCAUGGAUAUCAUGGACGUCAACAACGACGGCGCAAUCGGGUACAAUGAAUUCCUGGCGACGCUUAAGACGCAAGCACCCAACAUGACCGCCAGCGUCGGGGAAAAAGUCUCUAUGGAUCUUGGGGAAGGACACCACCGGCGGCAGUCCAUGGCCCCGCGGCAGUCGAUGGCGCCGCCAGAGCCGUCGUCAGAGCCGUCGUCAACAGCCGUGGCGCGAUCUUCUGGAGCUGGCCCAAAUGGCACGUGGCCCCAACCUCUUAACGUACCGUCGGGCGCCACCGCUGACCGGAUACCUGACGGAGCGGGCAGGCAGUCAACGGCGUCGCCGUUCGCCGCCGCUGCGGAUGCCGGCGGUGCCAGCGCCAGUGCUAACAACCCCCGAGACAACGGUGGGUCUCAUGGCGCCGGAGCGUUCGAUGGGGCCCCGCGGGAACAGACCCUGGGAACGGUGGAGCGGCCCCCGGUGCCCCUCGUCAGGGGUGGCUCCACCUCGUCAUCGCAGCUGCCUGCCUUCCCCGCACGCCGGCAGACUUCCCUAAAGGCUGGGCUCCCGCCACCGCAGCCGGCCGCUGUGGCUGAGCCACUGCUCGAGGCCGACGCGCCAUCAGCGCUGCCGCAACCUAGCUGCAGCAGCAACAACCGGAGCUUUGGUCCAUCGCUGUCGAUGCCGAGGGGUGCUUCGGGUUCUGGGGCCAGUCCACACCCGCCGAUGGAGCGACCCGGGUCACUGAGAAGGACUGAUGGCCGUCCGCUGUCUGGUUCCGGAGCCCCCCCUGGAUCGGCCCCGGGGAUCAACGGUGAAGGGGAUCCCGGGCAGGGCCUCCGAGCACCGUCGGCACUGGAUCCGGGCUCGGGCUCUGACGGUACCUGA